GAAUUUGAAAAUAGUGUACAGAAAUCUUUGGAUCUGGAAAACUUCAAGCACACGUUAAAGAAAUGUAUGGGAUCACAUAAUACAAACGAUGAACAAAUAGAAAAGCUUUUCAUGAAAAUAGACUAUUCUGCAACUGGCAGAAUUCAAUGGCAUGACUUUUGCACAUACAUGUAUUUGGAAUAUGCUGAACAGGAUGAGGCAUCUGCCCGUCUGAAAGAGAUUGCCUUCUCGCUUCCUACUACAAUAAAGCAGAUCCCACACGGAGAACCUGUGCUGCGCAUUUGCUCACUGUCAGAUAGCACAUUAAUUACAGCUCGAGAAGAUGGGACGAUUUCUUUCUGGUCACCAGAGCUCAAGCUAAAACGAAGCCGGAUGGUGUUUGAUAAAACACACAAAAAAUCAAAAUGGCUAAUGGAUGUUACGGUUAUGACACCAUAUAACAAAUUAAUAAUAGGAACUGGUGAUCGUGAACUUCAGCUCUAUGAAAACUCUAACUUUGAACCCUACCUUCAGAUUAGUGGCCUAGAAGCUAUACCUCUGAAUGUGGAGUAUUGCUACACAGAUCAUGAUGAAUGCAUGAUUCUUUAUGGUGACGACGAGGGAUGUGUCAAUAUUUUGCUCUUAUGCUCUGUUGGCGAGAUCCUCAGAACAUGGAAGAAACUGCCCAAAUUGGAAAAUCUUCCCAAUAUUAGUCUCCAGAAUGCAGCUCUUUCUCCAAAUGUCACUUACAUCCGUUGGAAAGUUCAUGGUGAUUGGAUUACUCAGCUGAAUUACUAUGAUUCUAUUAAAGCAGUAAUUUCUUCUUCAAGCCAUGAACCCACAGCCUUAGUAAUAGGUUGCGUUGUGGGAGCUACCAAUGUUGAGCAACAGAUGAAAGAACUAAAAGAGCACAGAAAAGAUUCAAAGACAAGGAAAGUGCAAUCCGUCUUAGGCACUCCCUCCCACAGAGCCGAGGGAGAUCAGAUUGUUUUUCGAGUCCAUAAAGGAGUCAGAGCUUUUGCACUUAGUAAAAAGAAUAACCUCAUCAUAACUGGUGGGAUGGAUCGAAUCAUUCGGAUGUGGAAUCCAUAUAUGACUGGACGGCCAACUGGCAUGCUCAGAGGCCACAUGGCCCCUAUAUUCUACGUCCACAUAUCGGAAGAGGACAAAAUAUUUUCUGUAUCAACAGACAACACAGUUAAGAUAUGGGACGUUGAGGACCAGACAUGCUUAUUCACAACCUGUGCAAAAAACAAUGGAAUUAAAGGGGAGAUUAGUGCUUGUCAUUAUGUAUCAGGCACCAGAUUACUCUGUCUAGCCACAGAUACACUGGCUGUUCUCCACUUAAGAUCACGAUUACCUUCAGAUCCUUACAUGGUGAUUUCCCAUAAGAAACCAGUGUUGUGUUGCAAAUUCAACAAGGUAUUCCGGCAUGUUGUGAGUUGCUCAGAGGACUCUGUGGUCAAGGUAUGGGAUUUUGAAAGUGGAAAGCCCUUGUUUGAAUUUGGUAAAGCUCAUGGCAGCUCUGCUAUCACUUGUCUCACUUUUGAUUCUAGUGGGAGGAGACUAAUCACGGGAGGAAGAGAUGGCUGUUUGAAAAUCUGGAAUUACAACAGUGGGCAAUGUUUGAAGACUUUAAAAAGGGAAGACAGAAGUGAGGAAGUCUGUGACUGCACUUAUGUGGAGGUGAACAAAAAUAAGUAUAUCAUAGGAGUUGGAUGGGACAGAAGAAUAAACCUAUUUUAUGUAAGUAGCGAAACAAGAGCAGAAACAAAUUGUGUCAACUCUCAGUUCUGCAUUCACAUUGCUACACUGCACUUCUUGUCCUUACUUGUGUAA